ACACUUAUGGUUUUCUGGUCCACUCAUGCGUGGUUCGCGAUCAAGGAGGGAACGAUUACAAGCUGGUCGAUGAUAGAGGUUGUGUUGUUGAGAAGAUCCUCGUUCCCGAUAUUAUUUAUGCAUCCGAUCUCUCUUACGCUUACACAACGAUUAAUGCUUUUAGAUUCGCGGAUCAAAUAGUUGUUCAUUUCGCCUGCCAAAUAACGCUAUGUCAAAAGCGUGAGCAGGGAUGCGAAGGCAUAGCGCCGCCCACAUGUUAUCCGAUAGAUUUCCCGCCAAUACAAGCCGUGUAUAAGCGACUGCCUACGAGUACGCACUCUCCACGGACACAGUUUUGGAACCAAGCCAUUAUGGGAUCGAUGUCGAAGAUAAAGAAGAUGUCUACAAUAU